CACAUGUGCUUUCCUUUUCUCUUUUCCUUUUUUACGGAGCUUUUGUGGAUCCCAUCUCCCUCCCUCUCUCCCAUGCAAACCUGGCACAGAUGAUGAAGACUGAAGAGCAUGCAUGCUGUAUUGCAUUUGUCGUAUGCAUGCACAGUUAAGUAAUUUUAGAUAUAAAUCAUUACGGUUUCCGAAAAGAAACGAAAACAAAGACCCACGAGUCAACGUCUGGAUUAAGUUUAAAACACAUGUCGAUAAGUCUAUAUUAUUACUAAACUAAGCACGUUACCAUUUGUUAAUGACACGCAUUUUUCCAAUUUUUUUUUGGAGUAUUAAACUUUUCUGCUUUUUUAGAAAAAAAGAAAAGAAAAAAAAGAAAGAUCCAAUCUAUCUAUCUGUCAGGACCUCAGGGAGAUCCACUUGAGUAUAGUGACGUCUCCACUAAACCACACAGACACAGCGCGUGAUUGUCACGGAUCCAAAUCUCUCUCCUUCUCUCUCUCUCUCUCUCUCUCUUUAUAAUUAACCAACAAAACAAACACUCCACAUAAUUCGAAUACACAACACAACACAACGAACCAAAACAUUAAAAAAGAAAAAAAAAAAAUUGAAAAUCACAACUGGACCCAGCUUUGAGAUGUCAUACCGGCAUUACCCAAUUUCGAAAAAUUACAGCUAAACGCCUAAACCCAAAAGCUACAUCUGAAUUAAACCAACCAAAUUAGUACCUAACGAAAGUCUUAAACCGAACACAUUAUGAUUCAGCUCAUAAGUCAAAUCACAAUUACGGAGAAAAUCAGAGUAAACCGAACUUUUAAAUACAAACCGGAAUGAUUGAACAGGUCCUAUACUCUCACUAAUUUUCCUAUCACACAUUCAUAUAAAUACACACACAUCUCUCUUACCCCUUUUCUUCCAACACAUCCUCUCUCUCUCUCUCUCUCUCUCUCCCUCCGUCAAUGGAGAAAACCCUAGCCUCUUCCCAUACCAAACGCUCUUUGCCAUCUCCAUCCACCGCCGUGGACACAAGCUCCACCGGUUUCAACCGCAGAACCAGACAGAGAUUGUCUGAUGCAACGGCGAGUGUAAUUAGCGAAGAUGACGACGAAGACGAAGAAGAAGAAGAAGAAGAAGGUGUGGAAGAGAAGAUCGAGGCGCUCCAGACAAUAGUACCUGGAGGAACGUCUCUUGGUGUCGACGCCCUGUUCGAAGAGACAGCUAGCUACAUUUUGGCUCUGCAAUGUCAGAUCAAUGCCAUUAAAGUUCUUACUUCGUUUAUUGAGCGCUGCGAGAAAGAUGAUAUGAAGUUUGGAGGUUGAAGAUGAUUGAACAAACAUAUUUGGGAUUCUCUCUCUCUCUCUGUUUUUUCACUUAUUUUCAGCUUAUUUUUAUUUCUUUCCUCUUUUUUUCCCUUCUUUUUUUUUACUGUGGCUUAGUUCGGGUUCAUAAUUUAGUUUUUUUUUCCUUUUUCCUUUUCUUUCUUUAUAUAUUGUGUUUUAGUUCUAAAUAUUACGAACAAAGUUUGAAAUUCGAAAACUAUAGUAUAUAAUAGCCAAUUAGAUUGAUAGA